AUGAGCUCCAGUCCAGUCUAUGAGCUGUUCGGUCAUAGAGCAGCGCCGGUCACCUGGCUCAGCCAAACAGCCCAAGCAGGGCUGACUCCGUCGCACCUUGUGACGUCGCCCGGCAGCCACCGCUCUCAUUCUGUCCUCCGACAGUAAUUCCCCCCUCUUUGCCGAGCCUUUAACCAUGACGUCACCGCUCCCCUGCUGCCUUCCCGCCGCGCUCGCUCUCGGCCCAGGCUGCGGGAUUUAAAGGGGAAGUCCGCGCUGUCCACGGCCUCUCAGGGCCCCGUGCAUCCCCGAACUUUCCUGGAUGCGGUUAACCCGGAGAGGCAGCAGGGUGAGCGAGCUGAUAUACUAUGUUAACACUGGGGAGGUGAGGCCAAGCUCAGUCCGUCCACAAGCCUUGGUUUGGUGUGUGAAGCUGUGCUGGGCCGUAUGGCUGCUCUCCUCCUUGGGGAGGGGGGGGACACACGCUGCACAGAGCUCCCCCGGCCUGGGGCGCACACUGAGUGGGACACAGGCAGCCAGAGAGAGCCAGGCACCCCCUGCACUCAGAGCCAGGCACCCCCUGCACUCAGAGCCAGGCACCCCCUGCACUCAGAGUCAGGCACCCCCUGCACUCAGAGCCAGGCACCCGGUGUGGCUGCUGUGAGCUGCACUAUAGCCAUGUCAGUGCCACGUACAGCUUCAGCCCCAUAGGGUGCUCACUGUGUGAGAGCUCAGCAUAGUGUGAUACAUUGUGUCUAGGGCACUGAUAAUGCCAAUCCAGCCAUAGUACAGCUUUAGGGACUUGAACCUUCCCUCUCUGCAUGUCUGUCUAUCCAUUGAUGUGGAUAUACGUGUAAUAUGUGCCUGACUUUUUAAAAAAAUUUUUUAACUUCAAGACAAGUAAAUGACAUACAACCAUCUAUCUCAAAUCCAAUCAUAAAUUGUAAACUCGUUUGAGCAGAGCCUUUCAAUCCCUUUUUCUAUAAUUAUAAAUUGCUGCGGAAUAUGUUCGUGCUAGAUGAUGAUGAUGAUAGAAUGGUUAAAAAAAAUAAAGAGAUGACACCUAUUGUAUUGCAUAGUAACCGUGCUAAUUUAACUUAUUCUCAGCAGGACAAACUCCUUAAUGGAUUUUGCACAGAAAUUUUAUUAUUAUUAUUAUUAUUAUUAUUGACUUUUAUAUAGCGCCAACAGAUUCCGUAGCAUUUUACAAUAUUAUGAGAGGGGGGAUUUAGCUAUAAAUAGGACAAUUACAAGAAAACUUACAGGAACAAUAGGUUAAGGGGGACCCUGCUCAAACAAGCUUACAGUCUAUUGGAGAUGGGGUAUAAAACUCAUUAGGAUAGGAAAUGGCAAUCAUAUAAGGUGGGAGUGAAGCAUAGCUGGAGGAGAGCGUAAAGUGCUGCCAUUUAGGAGAGAGCAAGAGACCAGUGUGUAAGGUGGGAGGCCAUAAACUUUCCUAAAGAGAUGGGGUUUAAGGCACUUCUUAAAUUAUUGAAGACUAGGGGAGAGUCUGGCGGUACGCAGGCUAUUCCAUAGGACGGGCGCCACCUGCAAGAAGUCUUGCAGGUGCGAGCAGCGGACAGGAGAAGAUCACGGGCAGACUGUGUUAGAAAAAUGUCUCUAACAUAAAACCUAAAAUGUAUGUAAAGAAUGUAAGUCUCUAUUACAACCAUAAAUUAUAUGCAAAGUUUGUGUUAUGUUUUCUGUAGGUCUUGUUAAAAAAGGCACAGGUCAGGUAUUACAAACUCCGAUAAUGUUGCUUACAUUUACCAGCCAGUCGCUACUUUCUUAAGUGCCUGUCCCUGCUAUUAUCAAGCAGUGGUUGUUUGCCAACUGGUAAUUAUCCUCUUUUUAUUGAAUUGGAAUCAUUGUUUGCCAUUGAAGUUGGCUGCUUCCAUAGAAUAUAAUGGAGGUUUAUUGGCAGACACUAUUUCUCAAAGUUGACCCCUUGUAUUUGCAUGGAACACACACGCGUGAAAAAAUGAUGAUGAUGAUGGUCUCACCCGCACAGAGCACAUCGACCAUCUAUAUUCUCAUAAUAAAAAGAAAACGAAAAUAUUAAUUUAAAAGACCCCCUGGAACCCACAAAUACUUGGAUUGCAUAGAUGGGUGGCUCCAACUUUCUGUUAGCAGGGUGAAGUGUGUUAACAAGGCACAAGAUAAAUGGAGUUUCCUGGCUCCAUUAUAUAAAUAUUGGGCAUCUCUUCCCCCACUCCAAACCCACCUUGUGCUGGCAGGAAAUGCCCAUUCUCUUGAGCAUUCAUUACAUGGAAUGAGGGUUAUUAAGCCCAGGAGAACGCCAUAUAAAUAGGUAUCUUCAGGCACAACUCCAUGAGUGGCUAGGGAUUCCCAGGGACCUAGCCACAACUCCAGAAUAUGUCCCUCUACACUACACAUACUAAUAUCAUUGUGGGUGGGCCCAAAAAUUGUGAUUGGAUUAAAAUAAUCAAUUUUCUGCCCCAAAUGAGUAUUCAAGGCUAAAGGGGUUCUUAUACUUUUAUAUUCACUGUGAUUCGUUGGCUUAGAAGCCAUCCAAUCAAGAAUUGCUAGUUAUUUUAGGGGAUAUCCUGGGGAUCCCUGGGUGAGACUGUAAAUGCCCAUUUAGUUAUUUUGGACCUGGAUAUUGGGUAUCUUCUAGCCAUAUUUUAUAAAGUGCACAAUAGACUGGGAAUUUCCUGGGCACCUUUAUAACCUUUCUCUGUGGUACCAGUGGGGUGAACGAUGGGGUUAGGUGCCACUCAUCAAACCACUAUCCUAGAUUGUUAGGAUACAGGAUACCUCCUCUUUUCUUAAAGGGACACUAUAUGCACCAGAAGAAGGAAAGCUUAUUGAAUUUGUUCAGAGAAAAUGCAGUGUUUACAUUACAGCCUAGUGAUAACUUCACUGGCCACUCCUUAGAUGGCUGUUAGAGCUCCUUCCUGGGUCAUGGCUGCCUAAAAUGCAUCCAAACAUUCAGUAUCUCCUCCCUCUCCAUGCAGACACUGAACUUUCCUCAUAGAGAUUCAUUGAUUCAAUUAAUCUUUAUGAGGAGAUGCUGAUUGGCAAAUCAUGCUGGCUCUGCCCCUGAUCUGCCUCUUUGUCAGCCUCAGCCAAUCCUAUGGGGAAGCAUUGUGAUUGGAUCAGGUUACCAUUUCUGCUGAUGUCAGCAGGUCUAAUGGAACCGGGGACCAAGCAAGUAAGAUUUUACUAUAUUUAGGGAGGCAUGAGGGGGCCAGGGGAGCUAGAUGGUGGUUUUAACCCUAUAGUGUCAGGAAUACAUGUUUGUGUUCCUGACCCUAUAGUGCACCUUUAAUUUGUAUCUAUGCCUUUUUAGCUCCAUAGUGUAUUGUACAACAUACUGAAAAUGUUUGUGUUCUCUUUGACAGUCAUUAAAAAUAUUUCUGGUGAAGUUACACCCUAAAUCAUAAUUAACUUCAAGUACAGUGAUUCAGGGACUGCAUUAUUAAGUGUGUACACCGUGCAUGGGGGCAGAUUGGGAGAUUUUAGUUUGCUUUUAUGGAGCUUGUGGCUUUGAAAUGUCUUCUCUAUUGAAUGUGUCUCACGUCUAACCCUUCACCUCAUUACACCAUAUUUAUUUUAGAAAGAAAACUGUUUGCAAGUCACAAAGAUACUAACACCUUGAUUUAUUUAUGUAUUUAUUUAUUUAUUUUCCCCUUAGGAUUUUUAAAAAAGGAGUUGUGA